AUGAAGGCUGACCUCUUCUCCUUUGUCUGUGGUAGAGAUAGUGGUAAUAAGGCGUUUGUCAUCCUUCAGAUGUUCAUGCCCAACGAGCCCAAGGCUUUCUAUCCGUGGGUAUUCCUUGAGGUCUUACCGGCCAUGCUUGGUGUAGCACACCUGAAACGAGUCAAUCUCAUAUUGACUGACGGAGAUGCCAACGAGUUCAAUGCUCUUGAUCAAGGAAUCUUUCAUUAUUUCAAGAAUGCCAUUUGUGGGAGAUGCGGUCAUCAUCUAAUAGAGAAAACCAUCAAAUCACACGGAUUAACCCAACCUUCACAGAAGAGUCACAGAGAAAAUUGUGGAUGUCUAUAG